CGGGAAUCAAUCGAAUCCCGGGGGCAUCUUGCAAUAAGCUUGCAAAGAGAUGAUGUCGAAACCAACUUCAUUUGGCGACUGCAGGCGACACAAGCACAUGCUGCUUCCGCACCAUCAAAUUUUCCGCUGGCCGUGAAGAAGGUCUAUUUCUUUGUUUGUAUUGUAACAAACAGCAGGUAGCGUCCUCCCAAUCCGCGUCAACUGUACAGUGUACUUUUUAGUUAGCUAGCUAGCUGGUGCCACUAUUGCGGCUUUAGGAGCGACCAUGGAGCUUCGCGUGGGCAAGAAGUACCGCCUGGGGCGGAAAAUUGGAAGUGGGUCUUUUGGUGAUAUCUACUUGGGCACCAACAUGACCACUGGAGAGGAGGUUGCCAUCAAGCUGGAAUCGGUCAAGACGAAGCAUCCACAGCUUCUCUAUGAGAGCAAGAUUUAUCGGAUUCUUCACGGUGGAUUGGGAAUUCCCAAUGUGCGAUGGUACGGCAUUGAAGGUGACUACAAUGUCAUGGUGUUGGAUCUACUGGGUCCUUCGUUGGAGGAUCUCUUUAAUUACUGUGGUCGCAGAUUCCAGCUCAAGACGGUCUUGAUGCUGGCAGAUCAACUCCUCAGUCGACUGGAAUACGUCCACACCAAGUCAUUCAUCCACAGAGAUGUCAAACCGGACAAUUUCCUCAUUGGACUGGGCAAACGGCAAUCUGUCAUUCACAUUAUUGAUUUUGGAUUGGCCAAGAAAUACCGUGAUCCAAGAUCCCAUCAACACAUUCCCUACCGUGAGAAUAAAAACUUGACGGGAACGGCUCGAUACGCCUCCAUCAACACUCACAUUGGAAUUGAACAGAGUCGACGGGAUGAUCUAGAGUCACUGGGCUAUGUCCUCAUGUACUUUAUUCGAGGAUCCUUGCCGUGGCAGGGACUCAAAGCAAACACUAAGAAACAGAAAUACGAACGAAUCAUGGACCGCAAAAUGUCCACUUCGACCGAACAACUCUGUAAGGGUUAUGCUACAGAGUUUCGGUCCUACUUUGAAUAUUGCCGAUCACUCCGAUUUGAGGAUCGCCCCGAUUAUGCCUACCUCAAGAGACUCUUCAAGGAGCUCUUUUACCGCAAGGGAUUUCAGUAUGACAACAUGUUCGACUGGACUGUCCUCAACUUGCAGCAGGAGCGAUCUCGUCUUCCUCCCCAACAGACACCGGCGGCGGCAAAUCAACCGGGGGCCGAUGCCCCGAAUCUCAGAUCGUCCGAAAACCAGGACAAGACGCGACGAGAUGCCCAUCCUGCAGACACUGGAGUUCCUGCGGACGGCGGCGAUGCCCGCAAACCGGCACCCGAUCAAGCCCAAGGCGGAUCGCACAGGGAUCCCAGUCAGCGAAGUGGUUCCAGGGGCAAUGGAGGACAAGCUCCCAGUAGGAGUCAACCCAAUCAAUCCGCUCAUGGUUCACAGCCCGGUGGACCGAGGACUGGGCAGUAAUGCCACAAUUUGCGCAAGAUGAGGCUAGCAAGAUUUGGGAGUUAUGGUUGCGUCAAUCAAAAGCAAAGAGUCAGGGCAGGAUGUGCGCAAGGUUCCAGAAAAGAAUGCUGGUUGCUUUGGGCGUGUAGUCAGAGCAAUUUCAAAAAAGCAUUGGAGACGUACGUGAAUGAAUGAAUACUCCACAUUCUCACUCCUUGCAGCGAAAACGAGUCGAAGUGCAUUAAAAAAACGGCCCGUUCAAGAUGUUGAAAUCAAGUUCCAAUUUGUUUGUUGUAGUGUUGGCCUUCAUUAUUUCCUUUCAUACGCUUUCUACUUAUUAUAUGUUAUGGUUGAGGGGUUUGCUAUGGUUUUCCUUCCGAGUUGUCCGAUACCGAAUAAUGUAGAAUGAUUUAUAUUACCAACAUAGGCAGUCAGAUGUGCAUUGUCUGGAAGUCCUUUUUAAAAAGUACAACUGGUCCAGCCCAGGUCAACCUUUAAAUCGUACCAAACAAAAACAACCACGCUCUGGAUCUCUUCCCCUUGACUUCCUCCCUUGAUCCUCCCUGCUUUCCUCCCCUUCCCCCUCUCCUUCUUUGGUUUCGAUGUUGCCCUGUUCACUCGAUUGUUGGGCUCAAGUUCUUGCAUCCUGCCCUCCUCUCUCUGAACCCCAUCCUCACCAUAGUCCCCUCUAACCCAUACCGGUAGUAACUUCCCCGUUUAUAUAAUUACAAAAAUAAUGAUGCGCCGAU